GCCAUUUUAGGUAUCGGUAAACGGAAAGUGGCACGAGAGAAGUAAAAAGAUUUGAAUUUGUUUUAAAGAAGGGAAUUUGAUGCAGAUCUAGUUAUUGGGUCAAUAUAUCUGACAUCAAACCUUUAAAUGAUGUUGAUAGAAAAUGUUGAAGCGUUGAAAACAUGGCUGACAAAGACCCUUUGCCCAAUAAGCGAUGCUGAUCCUGCCUCUCUAGCUAAAUAUGUUGUGGCAUUAGUGAAAAAAGAUAAAGUUGACAAAGACUUGAAGGAAGUGUGUAUAGAUCAACUGGAAGUGUUCCUUCAAACAAAAACAAAAGACUUUGUAGACCAGUUAUUUGAAGCUUUAAAUUCAAAAGAGUACUUGAAACAUGCAUCAGACUCGUCAACAAAAUCAGUCCCCGUCCAGGAAGUGAAAUCAGACACUGUCCUUGCAGUCAAAUCAGACAGGCGUAAGGACUCCUCCGACUCCAAGAAACCCAGGAGUGCCAGUGAGAAAGGCAGAGAGGUGAAAAAGGAAGACAGGAGGCACGGGUCACGGAGUCCCAGCCCCAGGGACAGGAGGCACGGGUCACGGAGUCCCAGCCCCAGGGACAGGAGGCGUGACUAUGACGACAGAAGAAGAAGACACGAUGAUAGAAGGACGUCUGUUGAGAGGAGAACUUUCAGGCGAAGGUCAAGGUCAUUUAGCCCUAGAAGUCCUCGUCGAACUAGAGGUCGUUCAAGAAGUCCGAGGGACAGAGGACGUUCAAGGUCAUAUAGUAGGUCUCGAUCCAGAUCUAGACCAAGGUCAUGGAGCAAAUCAAGGUCGAGAUCAAGAUCUAGGGAGAGGAAAGUUUAUAACAGACAACAGCCAGAUAGCCGUGGUUCCACUCCCACUUUGGACAACGGAAAGUAUGACUCUACGUCUGCCAUUCCUACGGUAGGAAGUGCCAUGUACUCUAUCCCCAGAGGAGAGGGUGUGUACUCCUCUGAAUCUCACCCCCAGGGUCUGCCUGCAUUACCUGCUCCAUCCAGACAGAGGUGUAAAGAUUAUGACGAGAAGGGGUUUUGUAUGAGAGGUGAUCUGUGUCCAUUUGAUCACGGCCUGGAUCCUGUCAUUGUAGAAGAUGUUAGCAUCCCUCCUCCACCUUAUGUACCAGGACCCCCAGUGAUCCCUGCUAAUGGUGCCCAAAGGAUGCCAGGGCCAGGGCCAGGGUUUGUGCCCAGACCCCCACCUCCUGCUCUAGGACCUCUCCCACUGCCUCCCCGCCCAGAUCAUUUUGAGCCAUACAACCCAGAAGCUCCAGGGAUGACAGGUCCCCCAAGACAACCGUUUUGGCAUGGACCGCCCCCCUCCCAGCCUCAAGGGACACAACCGGGUGGCAAUUUUCCACCAUUUCCUCCCCCACAAAAUCCUACUGUCCAAGUCAGAAACAGGGAGCACCUCAUCAGUGUAACUGUAAAAGAUGACAAAGAUGAACGUUCCAUAGUACCUCCUGGUACAGAGUCCAGUGAGCCCAGGCCUGAGAACACAUUGUCCAAUUCUAACACGGAGGGCAAGCCGGAGAGGACGGUCAUCCCCCCAAAGCGCUCCUAUAACAGUGGGCCCGGGCAGGGUCAUCGAGGAUACAUCAACCCCUACCACCAAAACAACUACAGACCCUCAGCGCCAAAAAAACCAUUCGACUUCAGCAGAGUGGGAGGCUACAGACCACCAGAUACAGAUAAUCUGAGUCUGGAAGUUAGGAAAAUACCCAAAGAGUUCAACAAUAUCAUGGCCAUCAAUCAGCAUUUCAGCAAAUUUGGAAACUUAACUAACAUCCAGGUGAAUUUUGAGAAUGACCCUGAGGCGGCUUUGGUGACAUUUGGCACCAACCAGGAAGCUUUAGCUUGCUACAGAAGCACUGAGCCUCUCUUCAACAACAGAUUUGUCAAAGUAUUCUGGCACAAAAAUAAAGAUAAAAAUCGGGAGAAAUCUGAGGGAGCGGAUGAUCAGCAACAGGAUCAGCGGUCAGUGAAGGAGAGGUUAGGACCCCCAAUCAUCCCCCACCCCAGCAAACUGUCCCUCAACAACAUGAAGCCCAAAACUGUGGAGCAGCCCGUGCCAGCUGAGAAGACUGUGAUUUACACCUCAUCGGUGGGCAACAUCACUAAAACAGUGUAUAACCCGGAAGCCAUUAAAGCCAAAGUGGCCAUCACCAGCCCUACAGCUGUGGGAUCAGCAUCCUUCGUCUCCAAGAUAGAGGCCAUCAAAAGACAGGAGGAGAAGAAGAAGGAGAUGAUGAAGAAGAAGGCAGAGUUACAGAAGCAGAAGCACGAACUUCUGCUGAAGCAGGUGGAGCAGCAGAAGAUGCUAAUAUCAAAACUAGAAAAGACAAAGAGUCCUGAAGAAAAAACAAAGAUUAUGAAGACAAUUGAUGUACUGGCAAAAUCAGUAGAAAAGAUCAAGUCGGAAUUGAUGCCCCCCAGCAAGCCUACACCCCAAGGAGUGGCCAAGAGUGUCACCACCCCUGAGGAGGCUAGGAAAGAGAUCUUGGACACAGAGCUGGAACUCUUUAACAAGGAGCACUCUGGAGAGGACACGACUGCUCUCAAACUGAAGCUUAGUGAACUCACAAAACAGGCAGCAGCUAUGGGAUUGCUCGGCAGGGGAAGGGGGAGGGGCAGGGCAGCCCCCAGACCUAGGGAAGCCAAUACCUGGGUGGCGGCUGAAUUAAGGGGGAGAGGAAAGCCCACCCAUGCUCACAAUCCAGGAAGCAGGAAGUUGGAUAAGCGACCUAAGCAGCUGGAGGUGACUGGGUUUGAUUGGGAGGAACGAGAACAACUCAACCAGCAUUUCUCAAAAUUUUGCAGUGUUGAAAAAAUAGAUUUUGAGGAUGAGGAUAAAAGUGCUGUAGUGUCAUUUAAAUCCAGAGAUAAUGCAGAGAAGGCUUUAAGGCAUUGCGAAACUUACAUGGGCAAAAAACUCAUCAUGAACUGGUAUACAGGAGCGAAGGUUAAACCAGGGCAAACUGACGAUAGCAACUUCCAGGAUGAGGAAGCAGCCGACCCCGAGGUAGAAGGUCAUGUUGAAGAUGAUCUGGAUGAAGAGGCGCUGCUGGCCGGUGAUGAUGAGGAUGAGGAAGAUGAGGAGAGUCGGUCGUGGAGGAGGUGACACUGAGGAGGAGGAGGAGGAGGAACUACCAGAAUCACCGAACAUUCGACAUUUAUAUCACUAUUUUUUAUCAUAUUUACAUUGUAUAAUCAAUGAAAAAAAACUUUUGUUGUUCAGCAUACAGAUAUCUAGUCAGCUGUGGAAUGAUCUUAUUCAGAAGCAAGUUUUGCAUUUUAUCAUUAAUGUGGUUUUGUUGAAUAGCUUAGGCUGCAUGUUGAGAUAAAUCUGUGUGCAGUGUUUUUGACUCUUAAGAUUUGUGAGUUACAUGUACAUUUGUUCAUUGUAUCCUAGAUUCAGACCGACAGUUUUACUAACAAAUUGAUAUUGUGAAAUCAGAGUUGUGGUGUUCGAAAUUCAAGAUAUUUAUCAUAAAAUAAUGUAAUUUUUAAUCUUUCUGAAAAGAAUUGUGUAAAGAUGUUAAGAUUCCAAAAGCAAUAAUCAUUGUAUAUGAAUUGGGUUUUUUUUAUGUUUUUUUAAGCAUCCUUAUUCUGAUUAUGAAUUUGCUAUGUUAAUUAUUUGUAAUUGAAAAUGUUUAUGUUGUGAAGAAAUGAUAUGAUGAAAAGGAAGAAAAAAAAAGAACACAUGAAAAAGAAAAAAUGAAACAUGAGAAGAAAGAAAAAAAAAGAUAUGGUGUGAUUGAAUAUGAUGCAAUGUUACAAAAAUCUUGAGAAUAAAUAGAAAACAAAAGAUGUGGUAUAAAAACCACCACAAAA